UUUCCGCUUCCGGCGGCGAGGCGGCCGUUGCGCUCCGUCGACCGAACGCGGCCGGCACCGUGAGGGCGACGUUGGCGGGCCUGUCCCUCAGGGAAGAUGGGUCGAAGAAAGUCAAAGCGAAAGCCUCCACCUAAGAAGAAGAUGACCGGCACCCUGGAGACCCAGUUCACCUGUCCCUUCUGCAAUCACGAGAAGUCUUGUGACGUAAAAAUGGACCGAGCUCGGAACACCGGAGUCAUAUCCUGCACCGUUUGCCUCGAAGAAUUCCAGACUCCUAUCACGUACCUUUCGGAGCCUGUGGAUGUGUACAGUGAUUGGAUAGAUGCCUGCGAAGCAGCUAACCAGUAGCAGCCCUCGCUCGUAGUUAUUUUAAAAUGAGGCAGUUAAGGCACUUCAGGAAGAAUGUGUCUUAGUAUUUUCCAUUCAAGAGUCAUUCUUGCACGCGCUUGCGCGUGUGUGUGUUUUUGUGUAGAGGUUUGUUUUUUCUUCUCCCUCCACCCCUGCCAGCCCUCUGUCUUGGCUAACUGUUCUCCCCCUGCCCCGCCUCUCCCCCUCGCCCCCCUUUAGCUGAAGAAGGAAGGCAGCUGUUGGAAGUUUGAAAACUUCCCGUUGAUGAUGAGACUGUCACUGUGCCUGAACCUAGAGCCAAUGAUUAUUUUUUUCCUUUUUUCUACCCUGAUAUACGGUUCCCUCUGGGCCCUGCUCCCCUGAGUAGCCAUCCUCUGGUGUUGAGCGAGGAACCAGUGAAUCCCAUCUCUUCCCCCCCAGUCAGCGGGAGGUGCCGUUUCCCCACGGAAUAGCCACAAAGCCACCGGCUUGGCAUUUUAGUGGGUCGGCCUCUGAGCGAGAGCCGGGCAGGUUGGAAUGUGCCCACCUUGAAGUGUCUUCUGGCAGAGAAGUGUUCAUUUGAGUUGGCCCUCCACUUGUCGGGUCAAGUUAGGCAACUGUCGUCGGCUUCUCUUUGGGGCGGAACCAGUCCCUGUCCACCCCUAUCGCCUCCAGAGCCGAUGUAGCUUUUUAAAUCCUCCAGGUUUGACCGGAAGGCCAGGCUUCGUGAGCAUCCGGGGGCUCUGCCCUGCUGGCUUUGUGCUCCAGAAGGGGCCUCGGAUGAAUGGCUCCUAAACUCGACCAGUUCCGGGAGAGUGGCUCCGGGCUCCUAGAUGGAACAGGGGAGUCUCUUUCGGGAGCUCGGGGAGAGCAGUGACAAGUAGAGGGAACACUAUUACAGCCAACUGCCUCUCUUCUUCUGGCUUACCACCUCUGUCCUCUCUCCGUAUCCCAGUUCCUCAAAUGAUUGUCAUUGCCUUUGAACCUUGUGUACUGUGUAAAUAGUGCUCUAGUGCCCAAACAGGAAUGGGACUUUUUAAAAUAAAAAAAAAAACAAACCGCA